GAAGAGGAUUGCCUCAUGACGACUUCUGGUGACGUUAUACGAUGAGGUCUCGACUGGGGGCUCGACGUAAGCAAUGACUGAUUGCGAUUCGAGGCAGCAGAGAGCGGGCGCGAGGACGGAGGACGCUCUGACGUCGUCCAGGCUCGCGGACGUUCUCACCGAACUCGAUAGUAAAGAUUUGGAGACGUCGAUUGCGGCGAGGGAGCUGCUUGCGCGCUCGUUGCAGUCGACGCGUGAAUCUUGGCUCCUCAACGGACUAUGGGAGCACUGCAUGAGGUCGUGCUCGGACCUGUCGUGUAAUCUACUAGCCAGCACUCCGGACAUGCAUUCAGGGCGAUUAUUUGAGAAGUUGAAUGAUGGCCUUGUGAAGCAAAAAACACGACUUGCGUCAUUGACUGUGUUGGAGUAUGUUAUCAGACAGCAGCCGACAUGGUUAUACAAGAUCUCGCAAACCAACUUGUUCACCAACAUUAUUCGAUGUCUGAAGACAGACGACAACAUUCCUAAUUUAAUGAAUGGUUUGGUGGUCAUUACAACUAUUCUGCCAAGCAUCCCAGUCUCAGUUGGGCCAUUCUUAAGAGAGCUCUUUGUAGUGUUUAUGAGACUGAUGAUGAUCUGCUGGACUGGAUACUUAGGUAAUGUACCGGAGGUUCUCAUUGUGCACUUGCGUGUUGGGGUACACGCUUUGUUUUGUCGCUUGUAUGCUAUGUAUCCAAAGAACUUCCUGAACUAUUUGCAAGAUCAGUACAUGUCUAGACAUGCUCACAUGGUAGAAACUCAAGAGGCAAUACAGUCAUUUUUGGAAACUGUAAGACUUCAUCCACAUGUCGUUUUUGGAAAUCUCCAGUGGGAGACAUCGACGUCUAAGUGGCGAGGAAUUGAUGCUCAAGCCAUAGAGACCGAGUGUUCUAAACUGUUAGUUAGUGAUAGCAGAGGAUCAUAUGCUCACACUGUGCUGAACAGGACUAAUGAGACGUCUGUAAAGUCAUCAUGUGAAAAGUUGCAUUGUUUCGUAAUUCCAGAAAAGGCAUUACCACCACAACUGCUGCUAAAAGAAGCAAGCAAUAGGAGGGAGGAAACGCACAAGUUUACAUGUAGUGAGUCUGAUAGUGGAGUUGCAACGGAUGCUGAUCAUCAGUCAUCUGUGUCAACAGCUGAAUUAUCGAUGCAGUUUGUUAGUCCUUCUAUUGCUCUUGGGCUGGCGACUCCACCACCGUCUAGAAGUAUUUCGCCUAGUGGUAGUAGCCAUGAGGUGAGCUCGCUAAUGGCUGCACGUUAUGGCAAUGAUUUUAGUCAUCGGUCAACACCGACGACGACUCCAGGUACUCGAACUCCUCGUACUCAGCUCGACUCAGAGUCACUUUCAUCAAGUACAUCAGGUCCCACGCCAUUGUCUGGAGCAGCUAGCUCUGCAGUGCAGUCUCGUCGAGGAUCUGCAACGUCGAGUGGAAGACAGAGUCCGUCAAAGGGUGGGUACUCACCGUCUCUUCGUCACAAGCAAGUACUCUCUAGUAAGCACAAUACUGUAGAACAAGUUUUAUCAUCUACUUGUCAAGAAGAGGAGCAAUUCGCAAAGGGCAUUAGCAGUGGUAGUUUGCCUAAGGAAGAGGUUGAUGUAGACAUAACGUCGUCAAGUCCGAAGGUUGUUCUUCAUCCUGAUUGGAAUGAUGGAACUGUUGUUUAUGAUGCAGUGACUGGUAGUAAUGACCUCGGGCUGACUGAACGUGCCAUUACAGAUGUUGCUGCAAGCAAGGUUACGGAACAUGAUGCAGACAUGGUAGUCAGUACGGGUGUACCACAUACUGAUGUCACUGAAGUGUCUGUCACCAGAAGUACGGGUGUAUCUUCUUUUACUGAUCUAUCGGUCUCCGAAGAUGUAUUGGUCGCUAGAGACAGAUCUGUUUCUGCUGACCUGGCUGCACCUAGAGGUGGACGUAAAACUUUGAGUUCUACAGUUCCAGUGUCUAGCAGUUUCAAACCAUUGCAAGAAUCUUCCAGUAUUCUUCACCGAUCACGACAUCUCAGUCUGUCCGGUUGGAUGGAUGGUAUAUCUGAUCUGGAUCAUCAUUCUUAUCACAGCAGCAUUCGUGCAAAGCUGCUUGCUCAAAGUCGACGUCAAGGAGCUCCAUUUGCAGUACCCACUGUAAGUCGUCAUCCGAGGUCAGUAUCACUAGACUUCAUUCAUGCUCUGCCAGCGUUCACACCAUCACCCAACAAGCAUCGAUCUAGUGAUGAUCUUUCAAAUAUGUCAGAACCUCACUCACUGCCGCAUGAUUUUGUGGCAAGACCAGCUCACAUGUGGAAGAAAACAGAAGGAAAAGAGAGCCGUAGUGUCGAGAGUUUACCUGAAAUGACCAUGCUAAGGCGGCAUCAAGCACUCUUUUCCCCUGCAGCUCCUCAUCCUUCGUUUAAAUUUAAGGAAAGAGCCAGUAGUGAUGAAGGUAGAAUAUUUAAAUCAUCCGCUGAGCUAGAAGUGGGACAAGGAGUACACACAUCAGAGCUUGUGACAAACGUAUUCUUUUUGGAUGAAUCUGUAGAAACAUUGCAUGUAUGUGGUCACGAUAGCUCGGUUCAAGAGGACCAACUGGGUGAGGCGACGGAUGAGUUGGCGGAUGACGGCAAUUAUCAGAGAACUGGGGAUGAUGAUACUGUAGAAAAUACACUGAAGCAGUCAAUCUCAUUCAAUGACUUCUCUAACUUGCGAACUGUUCGCACAUUUUCACGCUUGCUACCAUCUGUGCUACCUGUUCCUGCUGAUUUGUCACACGAAGUUUUGGGAUCUGAACAGAGAAUGAUUGCUCAAGGAGGCGAGUCGGGAGCAACUGUUGGUCAUGCCCAGUUGGCUCCAGCGGAAAUACUAGAUCGAUUGUUGGAGUUGGGUAGUGCACUUCAUGCAAAGAGAAGCAGCAGCAUUCCCAUGACAUAUUUGGAAGGAACUGAUUGGUCACAUUUUGGAGAAUCUCCUCAGGCCGAUGAAGUUGCCAUUUUGAAGAGUCAAGUGCUGUUGCUUCAUGCACAAUUGAUGUACGAACGUCAUCAUGGGCAGCAACACGCUAGAAGAAACAGAAGUCUUCUCAGCAGAGCGUUCCAAGCUGAAAAGCUAGAAGAACAAUCAUGGGCUUUGCAACAUCAACUGCAAAUGCGGCAGGAAGAUAUGGAGAAAAUUCGUGUGCAAGCCGCAUUUGAGCGAGAUCACGAACGAGUAAAACUCGAUAAUAGUAAGAAAUUAGAGGAGGCGUUGCAGCGUGAACUGACGAUGAUUGCAGAGGAGAAGCAAGUAUUACGCGAAACAGAAGCAUCUGCCGUGGAGAAAGCAAAGACCAUGGAAGCAGAAGUCGAUCGACUCAAUGAUGUAGUGAAGAAAUUGAAUGGCAAGAUAUUCAAUCUUGAAAGCAAUCUAGCAGAUUUGUCACCUAAAGCAGCAGCUGCCGAACAGCUACAGCAACAGGUGGAUGGGCUAAGCCACGAAGUACUGCUUUUCGAGGAGAUGCUGGACGGCUACAAACAAGCCGAACAGCAGCAUGAGAUGAUAUUGGUGCGUUUGGCCGAGUCGGAACGGACACUGAGUGCAGCAAGGUAUGAACUAAAACAAAGUCAAGAUCAACUGAGAUAUCACACUGCACAAACGAUGAUGCUCAAUGCCAAAGUAACAGAACAAGAGACAACUGUUAGCAAUAUGACCCAAGCUGCAAAGCAGCAUAAAACUAUGAUUAAGAACGUGAAAGAGCGUUGUCAGCAUCAGUUACAGGCUGUAGAUGACACGUGUUCUGCAUUGAAAGUAGCCAACCAAAGGCUUGAGGCACACAUUAUGGAGUUAUAUGGUCGUCUUGAAUAUAGUAGUUCUGGACAUCAUAUCCAUGUGCCUGGAACAGCAUCGGAGAGUUCUUCCCUCGGAUCGACUCCUGGCACUGGAGUGUUGCCAACAUUAUUUCCUCGUUCUCCGGAUUCCUUCUCUGCUCUGCAACCACCAUAGUGUCUGGUACUGAAGUGAAAAUAUUAACAUUUAAUGAUAUUAAUUGAUUAACUAAUCCAGGACAGGACUAGUACAAAUAGGCUGUUAUAUUUACAAAUGAGAUUCGUUUAUCGGUGGCUGCACUACAGUUGUACGUAAUCAAUGAGUUCACUGAAAGAGCAAGCCAUGUGUAGUUUCAUAACCUGUAUCAUAUGUUAUUGGAAAUACAUCUUGUAA